GUCGUCGAUCAAUACUACUACACAGUAGGAAGCUAGGAGGAAAUCAAAGCAACAAAGUUGCCGGCCGAGAGAACCAAACCAUGAGGCCUCAGGUGUUACUCGUCACACUGGCUGUUAUCGUCGUCCUUGCAGCUCUGCCACUCAGCAAAGGGACGGAGGAGGAAGACGGAGGGGCGGUAGUCGCCGCCGUGGACGACGCCGGAACGAGCUCGUGGCCAUGCUGCGACAAGUGCGGUUUCUGCUACCUGUCUUACCCGCCGCAGUGCCAAUGCCUGGACUUCUCGACGGUCGGGUGCCACCCAGAGUGCAAGCAGUGCAUCAGGUACACCGCCGACGAUGGCGUCGACAUCCCGCCCGUGCACGCCUACCGCUGCGCCGACAUCCUCGUCAACUUCUGCGAGCGCCGCUGCACUCCCGCCGCAGCUGCUUCGAUGUCUAGCGCUAGCACCAAGUAGAAGAAGGAUGCAUGCAUCCUCGUCGAUGCCAUUGCCGGGUUCCGCUUCUGAGAAGAAGCAAAUAAAUGUUGCCGCUGUUGAUGCGUGCCUCUCCUUAAAUAAACUAAUAUUUCUGUAAUAUUUAUUGUAUGUCCAACUUUCUUAAGUUUCAAAAAAAUAAAUGCGCUGCUUCAUAUAA